GGUUCUGACCACCGGGCCUGGGUUCUGACCUCGGUUCUGACCACUGGGCCCGGGUUCUGACCUCGGUUCUGACCACCGGUCCGGCGCUGAUUUCCAAACCCAAACGCUGACGUAGGGAGAAGAAGAAGUGGUUCUGAUGGAGCCGCCAUGAUCCAUGGUGCUGAGGACUUCUGGUUCUGGUUCUGAGAUAACCUCUGAGGUUCUGUCUGAAGACGGGUCUGGGUCCACAGGUCAGUCGGUCCUGAAGUCCAGAGGGACAUCUGGGGUUCUGGUUUAAAACGGACCGGGCUCUGACCCGAUUGGACCUGCUCAGAUCUUGACUCAGCUUUAUUUCAUCUGAACCAAUCAGUUAAUUGGUUCUGCUACAUGGGUCUUCAUGAGCUGGUUCUGACCCAAAAGAACCUGGCACGUGAGAACGUUCUCUGUCCGUUUAUGGGUCAGAACCGGCUCCGGGCAGCCAGCUCUGAGUCCGGUGGGGGUGGGUGGGGGUGACCUUUGUCCCGGAACUGCUCCAGAAUCGGCUCCGGACUCGGUUCUGGUUGCUCAUCAGAACAGAGAAACGGUGGCAGACCCGGAGCGAUGCAGACCGACCCAGCCUUCCAGGACGCGGCUCAUGGACUCUGCACCAUCCAGAUCAAAGCGGAGCCGGACGACGACGUGGAGAUCCAGCCCUUCCCCCUCCUGAGGAAGCUGUCCGUCACACUGACCGACUGCAGGGCGUGGCUGGAGGGCCGGGACUUCCUGUCUCUGGAUGAUCAUCCUCAGCUCCGCCAGCCGCGGCUGCAGCCCACCACCAACAGCGGCAGGAAGAUGGAGUACUGCCCCGUGUGCCAGAAGGGCUUCUACAAGCAGGCCCACCUGGAGGCCCACCUGUGGAGCCACCGAGGCCAGAAGCCCAACGAGUGCUGGCGGUGCGGGAAGACCUACCCGACCCUGAUGAGCCUGGUCCUGCACCAGCAGGUCCACGGCCGCAGCGAGCCGUACCGCUGCUCCUACUGCGACCGCACCUUCGCCCUGAAGAGGGACUGGAAGACCCACCACCGCACCCACUCGGGGACCAAGCCCUUCAAGUGCUGGUUCUGUGGCGACGGCUUCGGCGGGCAGGACCAGCUGGACCGGCACCUGGAGCUGCACAAGGGGGAGCGCUCCUACCGCUGCAAGGUCUGCGGCAAGAUGUUCGUGUCCUACCAGGGCUUCAACUUCCACCGCAAGUCGCACAAGACCUCCAAGCGCCUGCCGUGCCUCAAGUGCUCCAAGACCUUCAGCAACCCGCAGAGCCUGAAGGUCCACCAAGCCACCCACUCCAGCAGGAAGCCGCACACCUGCCCCACCUGCGGGAAGGGCUUCAAGCUGCACGGAGGCCUGCGCAGCCACCAGCGCAUCCACGAGGACCUGAAGGAGUACCGCUGCUCCGAGUGCAGCAAGUGCUUCUCCAGCCUGCAGGGCCUGAAGCUGCACGACCGCACCCACACGGGCCUCAAGCCCUACCAGUGCUCCGAGUGCGGCAAGAGGUUCACGCAGGCGCCGCACCUCAAGGCCCACGCCGUCACCCACACCGGCGAGCGGCCCUUCCUCUGCACCACCUGCGGCAAGAGGUUCACCCAGUCGUCCCACCUCAAGUCCCACAUCAAGCUCUUCCACCUGGGCGAGAAGCCCUUCAGCUGCGCCGACUGCGGCAAGAGCUUCACCAUCGCCCACUACCUGAAGAUGCACCGCCUGAGCCACACCAAGGAGAAGCACUACCAGUGCUCCUACUGCGACAAGGCCUUCUCCUACCACAACUCCUGGAGGGCCCACGAGAGGAUCCACACCGGCGAGCGGCCCUUCCGCUGCCGGGACUGCGGCCGCGCCUUCAUCACGUCGGGCUCGCUGCUCACCCACCAGAGGGCCGUCCACACCGGCGAGAAGAACCACUACUGCAUCACCUGCGGCGAGUUCUUCUUCACCAGCUCCCUGCUGCGCGUCCACCAGCUGGACCACACCGGCGAGCGCCCGCACGCCUGCAGCUGCGGCAAGACCUUCAAGACCAAAGGCGUCCUGCGCUUCCACCUGAAGAGGUUCACCGAGCACCGGCCGGCCCAGUGAGCCGCCUCCUCCUGAGCGCAGCGGCGGCGGCACCGCCCGGUGGCCCGGCGGCCCGGUUCUGCUGCUUGACGGGUCCCGGUGGAUCUGGGCCGGCUGGUUCUUCAGAAUCGGGCAGCAGCUGCUUUCACUAAAACUGGGCUGAGUAGAUCCCAGCCGAGCUCCUGGAGACCGGAUCCAGGGUCAGAGUGACGCCUCCUCAGCUCGGUGACGCUCUUUGUUCCAGGCCGUGUGGUCGGGUUCUGCAGCUCUUAGAACGGACCUGUGUAGAACUGGCAGCACAUGUUAACUUAUGUACCGUGUUCAGAUGAACUCCCAGUAAUCAGACA